AUGGAAGUUGUUAGACCUUACAUUGACCGUAUCUUCGAAUAUGAUACCAAUUCAUCAUUCCAACGGUUCAGAGUUGGCCUAAGAAGGACGAGGAUUGUUGAACGCCGCGUGUUCAGGAGGACCGAGGGCCCUGUAUUACCAGCGACAAAGGCUUCGAUAGAGGCAUUGCCCGUUGUUGAAAUUGAUGAAGCGAUCGACCUCACUGAAUGUGCUAUUUGUUUGUUGGAAUUUCAACCAGGAGGGCAAGCUAAAGAGAUGCCGUGUCAGCAUCGUUAUCAUUCCAAUUGUAUUAACAAGUGGUUGCGGAUUCACGGCUCGUGCCCUGUUUGUAGGUACGUGAUGCCUCUGGAUCACAAGAGAGGAGAUGGUGUUAAUUAA